UCGCAUUGAACUACCAGAUUCUCUGCAUUCAGAGAAAAUAAAUAAAACGAAAGAAGAAAAGAAAAAUAACUCCUUUGUAAUUCUUUCUUUUAUAUUUUUUCAUGAUGGAUUCUCAUCAUGCUUCACUAGGUCGACGAGCGCUGGAGGAGAUUCGUCAAAAGAGAGCCGCCGAAAGAAUGAGCAAAGCUUCUUCUGGAUCUGAUCUCACCAAGGCUUCAAUCCCUACCGAUAUUCCAGUCGUGAAGAAAUCAGAAAGCGGAAAUCGACUCUCUGAGGCCGAUGUUAGUGGUUUAGUAUCGCAGCUGAAGGACUUGCAGAAGAAAAAUGCAGAAUUAGAGGAAAAUAACAAGAUAUUAUCCUUGAAGCUUCAAACAAAGGAAAUUGAGCAUGAAACCCUGCAAACACGCUUUAAUGAACUGGAGCAGAACACUGUACCAUCUCUAAGAAAGGCUCUGAGGGAUGUUGCAAUGGAGAAAGAUGCAGCUGUUGUUGCACGGGAGGACCUCUCAGCCCAGCUUCGCAUGUUCAAGAAACGUUUGAAGGAAGCCGAAGAUGAGCAAUACAGAGCUGAGGAAGAUGCAGCAGCCUUGAGAGCAGAACUAAACACAAUGCAGCAACAAGCGAUGAGCAGUGCAUUUGGUGGAAUAAACACUAUGGGAAGUUCACCAGAUCAACUACAAGCGUUAGAAAAGGAGUUAACUAGAUUAAAGGCUGAAUUACAGCAAGAGUCGUUGUCGAGGCAGCAAGAGCAACAACAAUUGGCAGAGGAGCAAGCUCGGGUAUCUGCCCUGAUAUCGGAAAAACAGGAAUUGGAAGAAAGACUCACUGCUUUAUCCAAAAGUGAAGUCAUCUCGGAGAAAGCGAGCCGCAAGGAAUUUUCUCUGGAAGAUAAGGAAAAACUUGAGAAACGGCUGCAUGAUUUGGCUGUAGCAGUGGAGAGACUUGAAAGUAGUAGACAAAAACUUCUAAUGGAGAUUGAUAACCAAUCUUCAGAGAUAGAAAGGCUUUUUGAGGAAAAUUCUAAUCUCUCAUCUUCUUGUCAAGAGGCAAUGACCACAUCAAAACAUUGGGAGAAUCAGGUUAAAGACUGUCUUAAACAAAAUGAAGAGCUACGUAGAGUUCUAGAUAACUUAAGAACAGAGCAGGCUAGUUUGCUAUCUAAAAGUGGUUCCUUAGCAUUCCAUACAGGUGGAGUUACUGGAACUGGUUUACAGGCUAAUACAACUGAAAUUCUCUCCCUCAAGGGCCAACUUGUGCAAGAACAGAGCAGAGCAGAUUUACUAUCAGCAGAAGUAAUGCAGCUUUCAGCACGUCUCCAACAAGCAACGCAAGCAUAUAACAGUCUCGCACGCCUCUAUAAACCAGUUCUCCGCAACAUUGAAAGCAGUCUCAUCAAAAUGAAGCAAGAGGACUCUGUUACUGUCCAGUGAUUGCAAUGAGCAUUCUGCAUGAUGUAAUCCUUUUUUGGAAUUUUGUGGCACCAAUUUGUGCAUUUUCUGUUCAUUUGAAACAGUUGCUAAAGUGACAAUCCAGUAGUUUGUGUACCAUUGUAAUCGAGAGUUGAACUCUAGGCCCUUGGGAUCAAUUCUUCCAAAAUUGUUGAUCAAGAUCAGCAGCUAUUCUUUAUUUCACAACAAAAUCCUUAAAUU